AUGAAACCUGGGAAAAAAACUGGAGAGGAAAAAAAAGAAAAAAAUUUACUGAAACAACAUUUAAAUGCAAACCAAAAUCGAAACUUGGUAAUUUCUGGAGAAUUUUGUACUGGAGAACGACACGUGAUACUGCACGUUAUUAAAAAAAAAAGUGUACCAGGAAACAAACGACAAACGCGAGUCACGUGCGAGUUUUGGAACGCAGAUUGA